GUUGUCCUUGUCUUAGGUUUGUUUUUAAAACCAAGUGGGAAACAUGCGAAAAGUAUAUAAAUGGGCCGGCCACACUGCCCGUCCAAGAGGCCCGGUGGUUUGGAAUUGAGUCGAGGCAGUGAGACAUAUGAGAGGGAAACGAACGAACGAACCACUGGGUCGCCGCCGCCAACCACCAUGACCUCGCUAUCACUCUUCGUCCGGCUUUUUGCCUUUAUGGCCCUUCUUGCCUCGGCUUGCCAUGGCGCCUCCAUCCAUACAAACAAGUUGUUGCGAGGCCGAGCCCCGACGGCAGCGGCAGCCGCAGCCGCGCCACAGACCGUGGACAGAAGCGACGGCGCGUCGUACAUGCGUACUACGCAAUAUAGAUCCGAGGACGACAUAGUCGGCGUAUACGAAUCCAUCGAGGGUGACGACCUAGUCCUCCGUGUUGCGGCAUCCGACGACGCAGGAGUCUCGUGGUACCCCAUGGGCUUCGUGCUGUCCGUCAAGAACAGCGAGUACAGCAUCGGAAACCCACAUAUCCUUGCGCUGGAAGAUGGACGACUGCUGUGCGCGCAUCGAAACCACCGCUGGGACCCGAACAUCAAGGAUCGGUUCGCCACCUUUGGCAUCGGGAUCCACCAGUCGUGGGACGGGGGUAAGAGCUGGCAGGAGCUAUCUCGCCCUGACGAUCGGAUCCGGACAGGCGUCGACGGCAUCUGGGAACCAUUCUUACGGAUAUCGCCCACGUCGGAUAAGCUGCAGGUGUUUUGGUCCAACGAAAUGACCACGUGGGAUCAGGAUAUCGUCUAUCAGGAGUCGGACAACUAUGGCGAGACGUGGUCGGCGCCCGUUACUGUAGCCGGCGCCGACAGAACCGCGCGUGACGGCAUGCCGAGCGUGGUCAACGUAGAGUCUCAAGCCUUUACCGUAUUCGAGAGCGGCACUGGUCCACUAUUCGUCGUCGACAUCGUCAGCAGCAACGACGACAACAUGAAGGGAUGGGGUGACCGCCAUCGCAUAUACACGCCAAAGGGCGACAACCUGCAGGCAGGCGCGCCGUGGGUCAUCAACGUCGGCGGCAUACUGGUCGUCAGCUUCAUGACAAACGAGGACACGAGGGACUUGCCGAACGUCGACGGCGGCGAGCUCAAGAUUGUGUGGAGCACAGACCGGGGUGUUACAUGGAGCUCGCCCAUAACCGUCGGGCAGAGGGGCUCUCACUGGCCCGGCAUGAUGGCCCUCAACGACACAGACUUCCUGGUCACCUGGUCGCAGGAUGGCUCCGGGAUGUUGAGUCAAAAGUUCCGCUUCGGUUAUUAGGGAGGACCUGACCGCUUCCUUGCGGUGGCAGAGCUUGUUGCACAACAACAUGGAGAAAGUGUUCAUUUCGAGACGCGAUUUCCGCGGCCAGAAAUUGUGCAUAUGCGCGCAUAGACGUACAUACAUCAGCCAGAAUUCGGCCCAAUAUAACUUUUAAUGUCUC